AGCAGAUGAGGUGAUUUGCUUUUAGUUGGUCGGUCGAGUUGGCCGUGCGGAGGACAUUUUCAAAUCCGAUCCAAAUAAUCAAGUGCGAAAUCCUUUAAUUCCCCACCCCCCGCCCAAACAGGAAAGUGUCUCGAGUGCGAACAAACAAAAGCCCAAAGAGUGCAAAGAGUUGAGUUUAAAUUUGUUAACAAGCUGGAUAAAUAAAAUUCGAAAAUAAGCACAAGUGUGUUCAGCAAGAAAACAGCAGCUUCACAGGAUCGCUACAGGACUCGACCGAGCAGGAGACAAGGAGCCAGACUGCAGCCUAGCCCAGUACACAUACACAGUCUACACAGGAUAAGGAUACAGCCGCAGAUGCAGCCCUAACGCCGAGAAGAGAAUCUCGUCAUCGUCGCCCAGCUGAAGCAAUUAACUGAAAAUGUAGCCGGGGAGAGAACAUGGCCCAACUGGAACACCAAAUGCCAUGCGAUGCAACUAGCAUAAACAAACUCAGAGGAUUUCGUGAUUAGGACGUGUUGUACCCUAACGCUCUAAAUGCAGACGAUAUGGGCACAACAUGGCCUCAGCACAGAUACGACAUUUCUAUAACACACCAACAACAAUUUCUUCAACAACAACAACGACACGCCAACUUUUACAACAACAGAAGCACACAAACAAGCGGAAGCAAUUUCAAAACGAUACGUUUCUGUGGCACACACAAACACAAAGCGAAUCGGUGGCAGCAACAUCAACUGGAGCAGUCGGAGAAGGAGCAACACCAUGGCCCGAAGCAACAAUUGGAGCAGCGACAGAAACGCCAGGACCAGCCAUUGCAGCAACAUCAACAGCAGCAACAUCAAAACCAGCAACAGAUGAUGCACCAGCGAGUGCAACAACAAUAUGGCCAAGAAGGACCACAGAUGAGAUCGUUACCAAGCACCCAAGGAUGCAACAUCCAUUGGCAUCCAGCAGUGCUGCUGCAACAUGCAAUAUUGCUGUUGCUACUGCUACUGAGCAACAGCAAUGCAUUGCCUCUACUGCUGCUGCUACUACAGGGAUUUCGGAGCAGGAUUGCCGCCACACCACGAGCACUUGCCUAUCACGUCUAUCUUCCAAAGUCAGUCAAGACUCUACCAAUCAACAAAAACAGCAACAGCAACAGCCACAGCCACAACCAAAACAACAACAAGCGCAACGAAGACUCCUUCAACAACAAGGUGCCGCAAGGGACUCUGAUGCUUCCACUUCAACGACUCCGGGAGUCGGCAUCUUUACGGAUAUGCAAAAGUUUGCACGCUCUAUAUUUCCGCUGGUUAUCAUCUUCAAUCUGCUGCCUUUGUUCUAUGCAGGUACGUUCCCAAGAGUCGGCCACAAUCGGGCAGGCGCUGCUCAUUUAAAGUCGCCCGGCGCAGAUGGGGAGCCUUGGAUGCAGCCGGUGGUGGCCUAUUUGGAGGUGUCGUCGCGACCCACAAAAUCGCCAAAGUGUGAUCAGACCUUCGUGUCGCGGAUCGGCGGACCCCAGAAUGGCAGCUUCUCGGCCCCGCUGCUGCACAACCAUCGCAAUCAUUCGCGCCAAUGCCUCUACACUUUCCUAGCAGGACCUGGACAGCGCGUCGAAGUAGUUUUUAAAUCAUUUAAUUUAAGAGGAAGUCCACCAGAUGGUUCGGCCGUCGGUGAAUUACCAAGUUGUGUUCAUGAGUACAUGGAUAUCUACUCGGAGGUGCAGUCGUCGGAGCCAGCGGAACUGAUCAAUUCGCCAUUCGGGGGCCGCUACUGCGGCACAAUUCCGCCGCGUCGUCGCAUUUCCAUGUACCGGGCAGUUGCGAUUUCAUUUUUUAGCAACAAGAACGUGUCUACGGAUCUGUUCGAGGGCACUUUUAGGUUUAUAAAUGCAUCGGAAUAUGAAAUUGGCAUUCCCAUUGCGGGGUCGCCAUGUUCCUACACGAUUACGCCAAGCAUGAGCGUCAACAAAACUGGUGCGCUCAUAUCGCCAACCUAUCCAGGUGCCUAUCCGAAGGAUAUGUCAUGCACAUAUCAGUUUCUUGGUGAAUCGAAUCAGAGAGUUAGAUUAGAGUUUCGUGAUUUUGAUCUAUUUUUUGGUGGACCACACUGCCCAUUUGACUAUGUGAAGGUGUACGAUGGUCCCGAUAAUUCGUCAGCAUUAAUCGGUACAUAUUGCGGGCAGCAAAGAAACUUAGUUUUGUAUUCGAGCGAGUCGAGCCUUUUUGUUCAUUUUUAUACGUUACCGCGCACCGCAAAUACCCAAAAUCGUGGCUUUAAAGGAAUUUAUGAAUUUAGCGAGAGUUUUGUUAAAUUAGAUUUUAUACGUGAAAAUGAUGGCAUUCACAUACGUGGCUCAGAAUGUGAUCAAAAGAUUUUAUCGAAGAAGGAGUCUACUGGCUUUGUGCUCUCACCCAACUAUCCCUAUCCCUAUAUACCAAAAACUGUGUGUAGAUAUUUCAUCUAUGGCAUGCAGGAUGCCCAGCAUCUGGAGCGUGUGCGCCUCGAGUUUAAUGCUUUCAAUAUUCCAAAAGUAGAGCACAAGGACAAGAGCGAGUCCAACUGUACGGACGGCUAUCUGAAGAUCUAUCUGAAGGGCCAGGAGACGGCCGAUGCCUAUGACAAGUUCGACUACGAACUCUGUGGCAAUGAAACCCAACGCGUGAUCAGCGAGGGUCCCCGGUUGGCCAUGGUCUUCAGUUCUGGCGAACUGCAAGGUCGCGGCUUUAAGGGCAAGUACACAUUUGAGACGGAGUACAAGAUCCCGGGAACGGCGGCUCCGGACGGCACCUGCAGCUUCACUUACGUAAGCAGCUCGAAGAAACGCGGCGAACUGAAUAGUCCGCGCUACCCCUCCAACUAUCCGUCGGACACGAACUGCUCCUACCUGUUCCUGGGCGAGGCCAAUGAGCAGGUGACCAUCGUGUUCGAUCACUUCAAGAUCAAGGCUGAUAACAAUGCGAAUGCCACAGCGGGAGCAUAUGGCUCCGGCGCCUGUUUUGAAGACUGGCUAGAGAUGUAUGUCGUCUAUCGGGACAACAACGAUCGCCUACUGGGACGCUACUGCGGGCAGACGGCCCCCGGACCCGUCGAGAGCCCACGGGGAGCAGUGGGGCUGCGCAUCACCCUGCACACGGACCAGGAGAGCGUGGCCAGCGGCUUCAAGGCCCGCUACUUCUUCGAGUCGGCCAAAUCGGACGCCGGCGACUGUGGCGGCAAUUUCAGCAACCAGGACUCGGGUAUCAUCACCUCGCCCAACUGGCCGGCGGGCUAUAAGGCUCCGGGUCGUGGCAUGGCCUCCAACGCCUGCAACUGGGUGAUGACCGCCCGACCAGGCUAUAAGCUGUCCAUUCACUUUGAGCAGUUCGGUCUGGAAGGAGAUCCAGCAAAUCGCGGCUGUCCUGCUGCAGUGCUGCGUCUGUGGAUGAAUGUGGAUUCAGACCAGCCGCCCUUGGAGCUGUGUGGAGAGAAGCCACCCGUGGAGCACUGGCACUACACCUCCACUGGCCAGACGGCGCGGAUCAGUUUCACGACCAGCGACAAGACAGUGGGCGCUCAGGGCUUCCGCAUUGUGUGGACCGAGAUUCAAGACUCCGGUCCGGGCCCGCCGUCCGUGGGCCUGCACUGCGAGUCCACGUACCACUUCCAGUGCGGAGCCGGAUACUGCAUCUCGGACAAGCUGAGAUGCGACGGCGUCAAGAACUGUGGGCCCGGCGACGAUACUGACGAAUUGCACUGUACCACGGAAGCGGCCGAGGAGGAUCACGACGUUCUAAUUAUAAUAACACUCUUCGUCGCCUCGUCCCUAAUCUGUCUCCUAUGCAUACUCUGUCACUCCAGAAGAAGCCGUAGGAACCAUGUCCGCCAGUUGGGCCUCCACCGGAAUGCGCACUACGACUCCCAGACCAGUGCAACGGCGGGUCUCAGCUCUAGUCGGAGGCAUCUGCAGAGUGGCGGGGCUAGCAUCGCUGGCAGCCUGCAUGGAAUCAAUAGUGGCACCCUGAUCAUUCCGCCCGCCCCGCUGCCGCCCACUAGUGUGCCGCCACCGCCCCACAUCUGCAUCGCCGGGGUGGACAUGGGACACGGACUGAUGUCGAACGGAGAGGACGACGACGAGGACGACCUGGAACUGGACGAGGAUCAGCUGGCCGCGGACAUUUUCAUCAAUGAUGUGCAUUUCGAUGAGGAUAACAUCGAUCAUGUCAACCAAAUGGCGAACGUCUAACAAUGGUUAAGAGCAGUUUUAGGCACUUUUAUCGCAAACUUCAGUUUCGGUUUUAAAACGCAUUUAGAGUAAGGCUAAGGCUAAAACUAGGUAAUGGCGAAAACAGAGCCACUUUGCAGGGCAAAUGCAGUAAAACACACACGACUCACACAGACAGACACCCACACAGAAAAAACUGUGAAAGACAGAACAAGAUGGCGGAAGCGAUAAGGCGAUAUAAGAGCAGAAACAGAAAUUCAAAAGUUAACAAUACCUAAAGACAAGAAAUUAUGCAAAAAUGCGAAUUGAUUAAGACAUAAAUUUAAUAGAAUCGAAGGGGCUGGGUAGUAGCAUUUAGAGUUGAUAGAACGGGAUGGGAGCGCAUAAGCAAAGCUAAAUAGGUACAGAAGGGCGUGCAUAUUGUAGUUGCGAUAACAUGAUGAGAAAGGAGGAAUGGUUAGGACGCUGAAGCGGAGAGCAGGAGUAAGAAACAAAUAAUAGCUACAUUUAAUAAACUAUAUUAUACACAUAGCGAAAUACGUAUGGCGGGAGGACAGCGUAAAAAACACAGGUCACUAGGCGAAUGUGUAAUGAAAAGCGAAUGUGAGGCCAUGCUGCCGCGCGGCGGAAGCAGAAGCGGAAACGGAAGCGGAAGCAAGCAAAUAGUAAGAAGCAAGCGGAAGUAAGAACGAAUCAUUUUCAUAGCCACAAGAGACCGCAGAUAAGACGCAGAAAUAAAACAAAGUUGUUGAUUUUUAUAUUUGAUACGAGUAAUAUUUAGGUGAAGCGUAAAUUGAAUUAAUUAUACAACUGGAGGAAGAGGGACGACGGUAAGGAUAAAUAAACAGUACACCCAUUUGCAGAAACCGAUAGAUAAACCGACAACGGAUUAACGGAAGACACACACUAAAGGGCAUAAAACAAUAAUAAUUAACUACCUUUACAUACGCGCAUGACUUUUUAUUUACACAUUUUGUACAAACUAAUUGAAAGAGAAACAUCCUCGAUCCUCGAAGCUACACAAAUCAAACGUAUAACAACCAAAAAGGAGGCGAAGGACGAAUAAUGCAUAAUAAAAGAAUUAGUGACUAUCAAAACUGUAUCUUCCAGCAAAGAAUAAAAGCAUGAGUUAAUGACGCUAAAUCGAAAAGUUUAUAUGAGAGUAAAUAACGAGAAUUCAAUAAAUUAGAGGCCCCUAUAAAAAGGAAUGCAAGCGAGAAAUGGAAACGGAAUAAAUUCAAAGAUUUUUGUCUAUUUAAGCACAUUUUUAUAAACAUUUAAGGCGAAAAAGAAUAUUUAUAAAAAUGUAUACGCUAAAGGGAACGAUAAUAAUAAAGUAAAUUAUACAAGAAACUAAAAGCAAGAAUCUAAACACAAGGAACCGAAAAUAUAAUUUCAAUUCUGUUGUGCCAAGUCGUAUUUGGUGGUCCUGUGUAUCAAAUAUGAGUUAAUAUUAUUUUAUCGACCUAAACCUAUUGUAAUUUUUAGGAUGGUUUUAGUUCAUAUCAGUUUCCUCCGUUUUGGAGUUGGAGAUGAUGAAUUUUUCCAAAUUUCGUAAAACAAAUAAUAAUUAUUGGUUUCAUAGCGCACGUACGUUUUGCAAAAGAAAAUUGAGAAAUUAAAAUAUACGGCUUAAAUCAGCGAUGGAAACUUAAACCCUUUUAACGUAAAAACCAUUUAUAAUAAACGUAUGUAGGUGUUACAAAAAUGCUAAAUUAAUUAAACAAAAAAAAUUAAAAAACAAAAAGAUAAAUAAAGCAAAAUAAAUACAAUUACAUUGAUGAAGUAAAACGUUGUUAAAUUGUUGCAUAAAAAAGCAUACUGAUCAAGUAACUCCUAAGAAUUAAUUCAUAAAAAUAAACCUUAGUUUAAGUGUACAAAUUUUGUUGUUGUAUUACAUUAAAACCAAAACCAAAAACCCAAACUGAAAAACAAAAAGGAAAUCAGAUGCAAACAAUUCAAUUAGUUAAUAAAACUCGGAAUUUGUGUUUUAGCAAUAAAAAAUUAAAUAUAAAUUUAAAGCGAAAA